AUGGCGGCCGCCGUCGCGAUGGCAUGCAAGCGCCCGGCGCCCGACGGCGACGCCUGCUCCGCUGCUGCGCCGUGCAAGAAGCCACGGUUGCUGUUCACGAGCAUCUUCAACUACGAGAGGAUGGAGACGCUCGGGGCGGGAACAUACGGCGUCGUCUACAGGGCUCGCGACCGCCGCACCGGCGAGACGGUGGCGGUCAAGUGGGUGUGCCCACGGCGUGGCCGCGACCAUGGCCAGCCGGCCGACCUCGACGCGUUCGUGCGCGAACGCGACUGCCUUGCCGCGUGCCGCGGCUACCCGUCCGUCGUGCAGCUCAGGGACGUCGCCGCCAACCCGUCCAACUGGGACAUGUUCCUCGUCAUGGAGUUCGUCGGCACCCGCAGCCUCCGCGACCUCAUCGUCGGCCGUGCCCGUCGUCCCUUCUCCGAGGCCGAGACCCGCGCGCUGAUGCGGCAGCUUCUCGCCGGCGUCAGGACAAUGCACGCCGCCGGCAUGGCCCACCGCGACAUCAAGCCGGGCAACAUCCUCGUCGGCCCGGGCUGCGCGCUCAAGAUAUGCGAUUUCGGGAUGGCCACCACGGCGGCGCCGCCCUACGAGAGAUUCAUGGUCGGCACGCUCCACUAUAACGCGCCGGAGCAGCUCACCGGAAAGGGCCAGUACAACGCCCAGGCCGUGGACACGUGGGCGCUGGGCUGCGUGAUGGCCGAGCUCCUCACCGGCGGACCAGCGUUCACGUCAAAGACGGUGGAGGAGCACCUGCUCGAGCUGUCGGAGCUGCGGGACUACGACGUCGGGUCCAAGGACUCGCUGGCGUUCGGUGGCCUGCCAGGGCUGUCGCCGGCAGGACGCGAGGUGCUCGCUGGACUGCUGGCCUUCUACGACGACAAGCGGAUGACGGCGGAGGCGGCGCUGGAGCACCGGUGGUUCACGGGGGAGGACGAUGUCAGGGACGAGCAUGCCGGUGACGAGCUACAGGACAACACGAUGACAAGCCAACGCCCGCGCAGGAUUCAGACACCAAAAUUCACCACAUACUCUCUUGAUUGGGCUGUAGAAUUACCAGGACGGCCGCGCUAUCUGACCAAGCAGACCAUGAAGAUCAUGGAGCAAGGGGAUAAACUUGAUCUCCUGCUCAAGAGGGAGGAUGAAGCGAAGCAGAAGCGAUUGGAUUCAGAGGCCCAGAAUCGUGCUGAAAUCCAGUCGAUCGAGAGAGCGAUCGAGUCCAGAUUACCUGAGAUCGAGAAACGGGUGGAAGGGCUGAAUUACGCGGUGAUCGGGCUACAAGCCAAGGUUGAAGGGUUGGAAAAACUUGCCACUGACUUCGCAAAGAAUCCUCUAGAGUGGUAA